GCCUGCUCCUCUCUGUGACUUUCCUGUGUGUGUGUGUGCGUGUGUGUGUGUAUGUGUGUGUGUAUGUGUGUGUAUGUGUGCGCGCGCGCGUGUGAGAGAGAGAAGGAGAAGAGAGCUCGAAAGAGGGUGAUUGUGUGAGCGCAUGGGAGGGUGCUGAAUAUUCCCAGACACCGGGACCACAGCGGCAGCUCAGCUGAAAACUGCAUUCAGCCAGUCCUCGGGACUUCAGGAGAGGGUACAGGACGCCAGGCAUCAACAGCCACCAGCAAGACCCAGGAAAUAAGGAUUCUUCUGCCUCCACUUCGUGUUUUUAGCAGCUCCUUGCUCAAUUUCGAUCUCAAAAUGCAGAGGAUCUAAUUUGUUAAGGAAAACGGCAAAAGAAGGAAAAGGAGAAAAAGGGAAAAGAGGGGGUAUUUUGUGGAUGCUCUACUUUUCUUGGAAAUGCAAAAGAUUAUGCAUAUUUCUGUCCUCCUUUCUCCUGUUUUAUGGGGACUGAUUUUUGGUGUGUCUUCUAACAGCAUACAGAUAGGGGGGCUAUUUCCAAGGGGCGCUGAUCAAGAAUACAGUGCAUUUCGGGUAGGGAUGGUUCAGUUUUCCACUUCGGAGUUCAGACUGACACCCCAUAUCGACAAUUUGGAGGUAGCCAACAGUUUCGCAGUCACCAAUGCUUUCUGCUCCCAGUUCUCAAGAGGCGUCUACGCCAUCUUCGGAUUUUACGACAAGAAGUCCGUAAACACCAUCACGUCCUUCUGUGGGACGCUCCACGUGUCCUUCAUCACACCGAGCUUCCCGACAGAUGGCACACAUCCGUUUGUCAUCCAGAUGCGACCUGAUCUCAAAGGGGCCCUCCUGAGCUUGAUCGAGUACUACCAGUGGGACAAGUUUGCGUACCUCUACGACAGCGACAGAGGUUUGUCAACACUGCAAGCUGUGCUGGAUUCUGCUGCAGAGAAGAAAUGGCAGGUGACUGCUAUCAAUGUGGGGAACAUUAAUAACGACAAGAAAGAUGAGACCUACCGAUCGCUCUUUCAAGAUCUGGAGUUAAAAAAAGAACGGCGUGUAAUCCUUGACUGUGAAAGGGAUAAAGUGAAUGACAUUGUGGACCAGGUUAUUACCAUUGGAAAACACGUUAAAGGAUACCAUUAUAUCAUUGCAAAUCUGGGAUUUACUGAUGGAGACCUGCUGAAAAUUCAGUUUGGAGGUGCAAAUGUCUCUGGAUUUCAGAUCGUGGACUACGAUGACUCCCUGGUGUCUAAGUUUAUAGAAAGGUGGUCAACACUGGAAGAGAAAGAAUAUCCUGGAGCACACACAGCGACAAUUAAGUAUACAUCUGCCCUCACCUACGAUGCUGUCCAAGUGAUGACCGAAGCAUUCCGCAACCUUCGGAAGCAGAGGAUUGAAAUCUCCCGGAGAGGCAAUGCAGGGGAUUGUUUGGCCAACCCAGCUGUGCCUUGGGGACAAGGUGUAGAAAUAGAAAGGGCCCUCAAACAGGUUCAAGUUGAAGGUCUCUCUGGAAAUAUAAAGUUUGACCAGAAUGGAAAAAGAAUAAACUACACAAUUAAUAUCAUGGAGCUCAAAACAAACGGGCCCCGAAAGAUUGGGUACUGGAGUGAAGUGGAUAAAAUGGUUGUCACCCUAACCGAGCUCCCUUCUGGAAAUGACACAUCUGGGCUUGAAAACAAAACUGUGGUGGUCACCACAAUCUUGGAAUCACCAUAUGUUAUGAUGAAGAAAAAUCAUGAAAUGCUUGAGGGGAAUGAGCGUUAUGAGGGCUACUGUGUUGACUUAGCUGCAGAAAUUGCCAAACAUUGUGGGUUCAAGUACAAGUUGACUAUUGUUGGGGAUGGCAAGUAUGGGGCCAGGGAUGCAGACACCAAAAUUUGGAAUGGUAUGGUUGGAGAGCUUGUAUAUGGGAAAGCUGAUAUUGCAAUUGCUCCAUUAACUAUCACCCUUGUGAGAGAAGAGGUGAUUGACUUCUCCAAGCCCUUCAUGAGUCUUGGAAUCUCUAUCAUGAUCAAGAAGCCUCAGAAGUCCAAACCAGGAGUGUUUUCCUUUCUUGAUCCUUUAGCCUAUGAGAUCUGGAUGUGCAUUGUGUUUGCCUACAUUGGGGUCAGUGUAGUUUUAUUCCUGGUCAGCAGAUUUAGCCCCUACGAGUGGCACACUGAGGAGUUUGAAGAUGGAAGAGAAACACAAAGUAGUGAAUCAACUAAUGAAUUUGGGAUUUUUAAUAGUCUCUGGUUUUCCCUGGGUGCCUUUAUGCAGCAAGGAUGCGAUAUUUCGCCAAGAUCCCUCUCUGGGCGCAUUGUUGGAGGUGUGUGGUGGUUCUUUACCCUGAUCAUAAUCUCCUCCUACACGGCUAACUUAGCUGCCUUCCUGACCGUAGAGAGGAUGGUGUCUCCCAUCGAAAGUGCUGAGGAUCUGUCUAAGCAAACAGAAAUUGCUUAUGGAACAUUAGACUCUGGCUCAACUAAAGAGUUUUUCAGGAGAUCUAAAAUUGCAGUGUUUGAUAAGAUGUGGACUUACAUGCGGAGCGCAGAGCCCUCUGUGUUCGUGAGGACGACGGCCGAAGGAGUGGCCAGAGUCAGGAAAUCCAAAGGGAAGUAUGCCUACCUGCUGGAGUCCACCAUGAACGAGUACAUCGAGCAGAGGAAACCUUGCGACACCAUGAAAGUGGGGGGCAACCUGGACUCCAAAGGCUACGGCAUCGCCACACCUAAAGGAUCCUCAUUAAGAAAUGCGGUUAACCUCGCAGUACUAAAACUGAAUGAACAAGGCCUGUUGGACAAAUUGAAAAACAAAUGGUGGUACGACAAAGGAGAGUGCGGCAGCGGGGGAGGUGAUUCCAAGGAAAAGACCAGUGCCCUCAGUCUGAGCAACGUUGCUGGAGUAUUCUACAUCCUUGUCGGGGGCCUUGGUUUGGCAAUGCUGGUGGCUUUGAUUGAGUUCUGUUACAAGUCAAGGGCCGAGGCGAAACGAAUGAAGGUGGCAAAGAAUGCACAGAAUAUUAACCCAUCUUCCUCGCAGAAUUCCCAGAAUUUUGCAACUUAUAAGGAAGGUUACAACGUAUAUGGCAUCGAGAGUGUUAAAAUUUAGGGGGUAGGAACGAGGCUCUAAUCCAAACUUCUGAGUGCACGUUUAGCUUUCUUGUUGCGUCCUUACGCUCUUUUAACUGAGGAAGAUGGCCACUGGAUCAUCCUGUAUGUUGACGCUCUUCGUGUUCCCGACCAGUGACUAACCUGCAGCUCACCUGUCUAUUCUCCUCUUUACUGGCACAGUAUCUGGGGGUGAAUGUGAACAGAUUCCCACCAUAAUUGUGCGUUAUUAUUUGUAGUUCAGCUUGCACUGUCCGCUUUCGUUUGCUAGAAGCUUUCAGAUACAAGUAAACUUUUCAAAAACAGCACCACCUUUGCUCUGGAUGCAUUUGACAACCAUGAUGUAUGACUUUUUUUUUUCUUUCUUUCCUUCCUCUCUCAUUUAAGAUGACCUUGAGUGAUGCCAUGAGGAGCAAGGCAAGGCUGUCAAUUACAGGAAGUACUGGAGAAAAUGGACGUGUUAUGACUCCAGAAUUUCCCAAAGCAGUGCAUGCUGUCCCUUACGUGAGUCCUGGCAUGGGAAUGAAUGUCAGUGUGACUGAUCUCUCGUGAUUGAUAGGAACCUUCUGAGUGCCUUACACAAUGGUUUCCUUGUGUGGUUAUUGUCAAAGUGGUGAGAGGCAUCCAGUAUCUUGAAGGCUUUUCUUUCAGCCAAGAAUUCUUAAGUCUGUGGAGUUGACCUUGAAGUGUAAGGAAAGAGUCAUGACACACAGAGCAUCCUUUUCUACUCCGAAUUUCAGACGAAGCGUGGUGGACAUGCACAGCUAACUUGGAAGUACUAUCAUUUAACUGAAGUCUUUGUACAGACAACAAGCCCGUUUCCGCAGCCACUAUUGUUAGUCUCUUGAUUCAUAAUGACUUAAGCACACUUGACACCAACUGCAUCAAGAUGUGACCUGUUUUAUAAAAAAAAAAAGAAAGAAAGAAUAAAAAACAUUUAAAGUUAAAAAAAAUAUUUUUAGGUAUUUUCACAGACAAACUGGCUUUUAAAAAAAUUUGCUUCCAAACUGGUUGGUUAAGACAAACAAACAAAAAGUCAAACUGAGUGGGAAGUGAUUGAGAAAAGGUCCAUGGUAUCAGUUCCGUAUUUUUCAAAGCCAAAUAUGUAAAUGCUGAGGAAGGAAACAGAGGAGAGUCCAGUCUUGUAAUUUAAUAUUGUUAUUAAAACUUUAAUGUAUCCUAUUCUUUAACAUUUGGUGUUAAUAUGAAACUACUUGGCAAUGCUUGACAUUUGAAAUAAACAUUUUCUAUUGUUUUA